AUGCUGGACUCAUUCCAAAUUUUGUGCACGGUGGUGUUUUCGGCCUGUUUCCUGAAAUUGGCCCAUAAAGUUGUGCUGAAAUUGAACGGUAGGGAUCGAAGAAUGGGGCCGAGAAUCUCGCCAAACAGCCCUUUCUUUCAGCUCCUUCCGCUCACAGCACCACGGCACGCCGGUGAUGAGUGGCAGCUUCGACGAAGUGAACGCCCGCGUCCACCAAUUCCUCCACCACUGCUGCUGCGAGGAGGAGGAGGAGAGUAAGUAAAAACUUGGCGGAUUUGGUGCCAUUUUUUAUGCGAUUUCCUAAUAUUUUUUACGGACAGGGGACCUGAUCCAGUGGCAAAAAACGUACCAUUUUGCAUGCGGGAAGUAUGGGCCCUCACAAAAAGAGCGGGCGAGCUUUUGAAAUCGGAGUUUUUUCACUUGGAGAAGGAGGCAUUUUGCCACAUUUUUGAUACUUCCCGGUUGCAAAAUGGUACGUUUUUUGCCACUGGAUCAGGUCCCCCACUGUAACAACAAAUUUAAGUUUUUUUUUGCGAUCUUUGGUUUACAGGAGAGUAAGUGCAAACUUGGAGGAUUUGAUUUCAUUUCCUAAUAUUUUUUACGGACAGGGGACCUGAUCCAGUGGCAAAAAACGUACCAUUUUGCAUGCGGGAAGUAUCAAAAAUGCGGCAAAAUGCUUCCCUCUCCAAGUGAAAAAAACUUCGUUUUUAAGGGCCCUCACAAAAAGAGCGGGCGCGCUUUUGAAAUCGAAGUUUUUUCACUUGGAGAGUGAAGCAUUUUGCCACAUUUUUGAUACUUCCCACAUGCAAAAUGUUACGUUUUUUGCCACUGGAUCAGGUCCCCCACUGUAGAGUUCGUGGGCUUUUUUUGUUAUUUUUUGAGUCCUUGGCCAGGAAAAAAUUUCUAAUUAAAAUUUGGUUUACAUGUCUAAUUUAUCCAGUGGCAGUUUUUUUUCUUGGAUUAUAUGGAAAAUUAGGGUAUUUUAGACCGUAAAUGGGGCAAAUUGGGACCGCAGAAAGCGAUUUUUCGGAGAAUCGCAUCUAUGAUAUAUUUUUUUAAACGGUGGCGGACUUGAUCUAGUGGCAAAAAACGUUCCAUUUUGCAUCCGAGAAGUACCAAAAAGUGUGGCAAAAUACCUCCCCCUCCAAGUGAAAAAACUCCACUUCAAAGCGCACUUUUGAAACCGGAGUCUUUUCACUUGGAGAGGGAGGUAUUUUUUCACAUUUUUGAUACUUCCCGAAUGCAAAAUGUUGCGUUUUUUGCCACUAGAUCAGGUCCGCCACCGUUUUAAAAAAUAUAUCAUAGAUGCGAUUCUCGCUAAAAUCGCUUUCCGUGGUCUCAUUUUGCCUCAUUCACGGUCUAAAAUACCCUAAUUUUCCAUCAAAUCGAAGAAAAAAAACCUGCCACUGGGUAAAUUAGACAUGUAAACAAAUUUUUGAUUAGAAAUUAUGCCCUGGCAAAGGACUCAAAAAAUAACAAAAAAAGUCCACAAACUCUACGUGGGAGACCUGAUCCAGUGGCAAAAAGGGCAUUCUGCAUCCGGGAAGGAUCAAAAAUGUGGCAAAAUACCUCCCUCUCCAAAUGAAAAAAACUUCGUUUUGAAGGUCGCGCCCUUUCCCUCACGAAACGAGCGGGCGCGCUUUUGAAAUCGGAGUCUUUUUACUUGGAUAGGGAAGCAUUUUGCCACAUUUUUUGAUAUCCUGGUUGCAGACUGGUACGUUUUUUGCCACUGGAUCAGGUCCCACUAUAUUCAUUUGCUGUAGGCAGCGUUGACACGGCCACCGAACCCUCGACGGCGGACGAAGAGUCCCAAGACGAGACGGACGAGGAGGACGAGUGCGAAGACCACAAAUGCACCGAGAACUGCUGGGAAUGCGACAUUCGAAAAAGAGUCCGUCGAUUCAUGCAACAACAUGUACAAGACAUCGAUAGAUGUUUCAUUGAAGAGGUCCUGGACGAAAUGACAAGACCGCUGAAAGGGCAUGCCAACGCGAUCAGCAAACAGUUUGCGGAAUUGCAAGUGGAACUGGAGGAAAUUGCCGAGGUGGGUUACGGUAGCUUCUGGGUUUUUUGGGGUUUCGGUUUAAAUUUUUUCGGUGGCAUCUUAUACGAUGAAAAAUGUUUUUUUCAUUUUUUUUUAUUUUUUUACCUUUUUGAUAUUGAAAACUUGUAAUUUUGUUUUGAGUUACGGUAAAAAUUUUUUGUGACAUGUUAUACGAUGAAAAGUGUUUUUAUUUUUAUUUUGUUUUUUUUUUUUAAUUUUUUGAUAUUGAAAACUUGUAAUUUUGUUUUGGGUUACGGUAAAAAUUUUUUGUGACAUCUUAUACGAUGAAAAGUGCUUUUUAUUUUAUUUUUUUCAUUUUUUUUUAAAUUUUUGAUAUUAAAAACUCGUAAUUUUGUUUUGGGUUACGGUAAAAAGUUUUGUGACAUGCUAUACGAUGAAAAGUAUUUUUUUGUUUAAUUUUUUUUUCAUUUUUUUCAAAUUUUUGAUUUUAAAAACUCCUAAUUUUGUUUUGGGUUACGGUAAAAAUUUUUUUUUGACAUCUUAUACGAUGAAAAGUGUUUUUUUUUUUAUUAUUUUAUUUGUUUCAUUUUUUUCAAAAUUUUUGGUAUUAAAAACUCGUAUUUUAGCUCCGAAAAGCGGCCAUAGCCAAGCGCUCCGCCUUCAUGACGGACUGGGAACGAAUGGCCGCAGGGCAAGAAAAGUUCGCCGACAUUGUGCGAGCCAUAAAAUCCAAGGGAAAACUCUACAAAUGGGCGACGCGCGAUCCCCAAAAGACCGAAGAAGUGGACAUAACCGACCUGAACGACGGCCUCCGAAAGCUUCUCCACAAACAGGAAAAGUUGCGGAAGAAGGAGAAGAAGAAACAAAAAAUCGAAGCGGAAAAACAACGAAGCCUGGAAAAGAAGGAGGAAAAAGAAGACGAAGAAGUGGAGGAAGAGAGCUCCAGCGACGAGAAUCCCAGCUCAAAUGAGAGCAUGGACGGAGAAAUUGUCGUCAACGACGAGACGGUCAGAGAAAUGAAGGAAAUUGUCCAACCGAGAUCCCCAACCAGGGAAAUUGUAGGUGAUAUAAAGGAAUUUUGAAAAAAUUUUGGUGAAAAAGGGGGAAAGAGAAUUUGUUAGUACUUUCAUAAAGUGCAUGGACUUUUUUUGCUUUUUCACAGUGCAUUUUGAACUUUUUCCCGCGCUUGUCGCCAACGCACUGCGUUCUGAACUUUUUUCCCACGCUCGUCGCCAACGCACAGUGCAUUUUUUCCUUUUCGCACUGUGCAACCCUCAAAAAGGCUGUUUGCACUGUGCGUUUUGAACUUUUCCACGCUUGUCGCCAACGCACGGUGCAUUUUGAACUUUUUCCCACACUUGUCGCCAAUGCACAGUGCAUUUUUCUCUUUUUGCACCGUGCAAAAAAGCUGUUUGCACAGUGCAUUUUGAACUUUUUUCCCACGCUUGUCGCCAACGCACGGUGCAUUUUGAACUUUUUCCCACACUUGUCGCCAACGCACGGUGCAUUUUGAACUUUUUCCCACACUUGUCGCCAAUGCACAGUGCAUUUUUCUCUUUUUGCACAGUGCAAACCUCAAAAAAGCUGUUUGCACAGUGCAAAUGUUUGAGCGAAACCGCGGCCACGCCGUUCAAAAAAGGCUUGUGUCGCAGCGAUAUUUCGAUGCACAGUGCAAAACCAAGAAAAAAGUGAAUUGCACGGUGCAAAAAUAUGGGUUUUUGUGCACGGUGCGGGGCGUGAGAAAGUUGAGAAAAGAAAAUAUGGGUUUUUUUGAUGAUUUUUUUGUUUUUUUUGCAAGUUUUUUAAAAUUAGAGGUUUCUGGGACAUACGCGUAGUAUUGGGAGGGUCUGAAGAUAAAAAAAACGAGAUUUUUAUAUUGUUUUAGGUGUUUUUGAUCCAAAAAAUUUUUUUCAAACUCGCGAUAAGUUGAUAUUUUUCAGAAAGAACCAAAACAACAGCCCCUACACUCCCUGAAUGCCAGUUUUAUCAAGAAGGAUUCGACGGUUGAGACCAAAACCUUGCGUUUUGAACACCCAGAAAAGUUGUUCAUCUACCUCCAAACAGCGAUCCAAUUAGCCCUGGAAUCGAUCAGCUGUAGCCUCGAUUUUUGGGAUGUGGCCUUUGUCUUGCUGGAAAAUGAAGAUAAAGAAGUGGAGAUCACCAGCGACUUUUUCCCCGACAGGAAAUACCAUGUUGCACUUGUGCCGACCAAUUAUAAGGUGGUAAGCGAAAUUUGGUCAUAAUUUUGAAGGGUCUGGAGGGAAUUGGAUGAAACUUGGAAUAUAUAUUGCCUGAGCCAUUUUGUAUUUAGUGUGACAAGGGUUUUUGAUUUGGUGCAAAAAGAGCGACGAAUUUUGAAAUUUUUUAAAAUUUUGGUCAAGUAUGGGAUGGUGGAUGAAAUUUGCGUAUAACUUGUCAUAUUUCGAUCAAAAAUGGCUGAUAUUUGAAAUAGAGAUAGCAUGAGAUAUUGAGGGAACAUAUCAAAGGGUUUUGGUGAAAAAAAUUUGAAAUUUAAAAAGAAUUUUGACAUUUUUGAUGACCAUGGGCAAGUAUAAGGUGGUUGGUAAAAUCGCUUUAUAGCUUGGCCGAAUUUGGUCGUAAUUCGAUAAAAUUUGUAAUGUGCGUAGUCUAAGAUGUUGAGAAGGUAUAGUAAAAAGGAAUUUGAAAUUGGUCGAAAAGGAAUGAAAUUUUUUGGAUUUAAAAAAAAUAUUUUCACUGAAAAUUUUUUUUUUGGAAAUUAAAAUUCGAGUUAAAAAAAUGCUUCAGAAUGCCCUGAAAGGCCCUAAUGUAAAAUACGAGAUUGGGAUUUUUGGUUUUUUUCAGAUCCGAAAUAAAGACCUUCUCCUUGUCAAAAACGCCGAUCAAAAAGUGGUCUGGGGCCUCACGCAGCGUCUAAAUCAGCUCUUCUGGACGAAUGGAAAGGAGCCAGAAGAGGAAUGGAAAGUAAAAGAUACAACAGUGACCCUGAGCUACUCGAUUUUCGACGAAUUCCAUCGACGGGAAUACAAAGAUCCGCAGAAAUUGAAGGUCAAGUGCAACACAAGCUUGCUGGAUGUGAUGAUAAACGGAUUCAAACAGGCCGGCGUCUCGAAACCGCAGUUGUUGGAGCCCUCGGGCAUCAUCAAAAGGAAUGGAGCGAAAUUUGUGAAGGUUUCGUAUAAGACCAACGUCGAAAAGGAGGCCCAAUACGAAGCGGUUUUGUAUAUUAGUAAUGUAAGUUUGACAUAUUUUUGAUCGAAAAAUUGUUUCAUUUGAGUGUGUAGACAAUGAAAAAUGUAGUUACAGCUUGAUUUUCGCUUUUUUCCGGCGAUUUUACGGGAAUUUUAAUAAAUUUCCAGAAAAUCCGUCAUGAUGACAGGUUUAAUUUUAAAAGCUAGAAUUUUGGUUUAGAGGUAGAAUGAAGGAUCCUGGGCUAUAAAGAGAAGAUAAAAUUUUUCGUUUGGAAAUUCUCUAUGGUUUAGUGAAUCAGCGUCGGGAUGACGGAUUUUUUGGAAAUUUUAAGAGUCAGUUGUGCGGAAGAAAAUUAUUGGUAAUUUCAUGAAAUUUUCUUCCUCUGUGGCGGGUAAAAUACGGCUGGCUUUUUGUUCUCAACAUUUUCGAAAGGUUAGAAAACGUCUAAAUAAUCUGUCAUGAUGACAUGUUUAAUUUGAAGAGUUGGAAUAGCGAUUGAUAAUGAGCAUUUUUUGACUGGAAACAGUAGGUCAAUUUUUAUGUUUUCAAUGAAUGAAUGACCCACAUGCGGCGUAAAUUUAUCAGGAUGACGGAUUUUUUGGAAAUUUUGUAAUAACACGAAAUUUGAGGGGAAAUUUGGCUGAUUUGUUGGUGAAUGGGUUCUAAAAGAUGUAGAAAUCCCCUUUAUUCAUAAAAAUUGGAAUAUUUUUUUUCUUUCAGUAAUAAAUUGACCUUAUUUUAGGUAUUAGGAUGUUCAGUUUGGGUUAAAUUUUUAUAUAACCGUCAAUUUCAGAGCAUAGAACAGGCCCAGCUGACCCUCUACAAUAGUGAGCGGCUCGCUUCUCGGAUCAUACUAUUCCCAUGCUACGCCCAUGAUCUCAUCGAUAGGAAUACGGUAAUCCGCCAUUUAGUCGGCGAAAACUUGGAUAUUUCGACGUUGGCCCCACAUGAAGGCGUAAAAUACGGAUUUGUUGCGAGGGAAAUUGAGCUACAACCGGUAGGGAAGGGGUUUGGACGGAAAAUCAGAAAAAUCAAAAUCUCAAAUUUGGAAUGUCGUCAAUCGGGGAAAAGACGAUUGGGGAAACUGAAAAGUAUUAUUUUUCUUCGAUGUAAGUGUCGAAAUUAGGGUAAUCGACGGCGAUGAUUUUGAAAAUGACAUUCAUUUUUUUGAUUGUUACUUUUUUUCUUAACAAGGGAAGUCACUUAAAUCACGGAUCGAUUUUGUAAAACGACUGUUACAGCGAUGGGGAGGGUAGGACAGAGAUAUCAAAUCUAAAAACCGCUAUCUCCACCGGCCUCUGGGAGCCGAGAUAAUCGACCAAAAAGUUUGACCAAAUUCUUCCGAACAUUUCUUCCUUCCGAAAGAAGAGAACCCAGCGAACCGAAUGGUUCGGUGGUCUGGAAGCGCGCUUCCGGGCCUUCACCUUUUCAGGUUCGAAUCCGCGCGGGUUUCGAACUUGUGAAAAAUUUAUAAAACAGUUGCUGUGAUCCAGUAAAUUUGCUAGAAAUUAAUUUUUAGAUUUUUUGCCUAUUUCACGGUAAAUUUUCAACCUUGAAAAUUCAAAUCGUUUGGAACGCGCAUUUAAAUUAUUACUCUGAAAUUUUAUCGUAAAGUAUGCAAAAAAUCUAAAAUUAAAUUUACUGGAUCACAGGAAAAGUUUAAUAAAUUAUUUGACCCAUGCGGAUUCGAACCUGAAAAGGUCAUGGCCUGGAAGCGCGCUCCCAGACCACCGGACCAUUCGGUUCUCUUCCCUCCUUCUUUCGGAAGAGAGGACUAUUCGGAGCAGUUUUUUUUUGGUCAAACCUUUUUGGUCGAUUAUCUCGGCUCCCAGAGGCCGGUGGAGGUAGCGGUUUUCAGAUUUGAUAUCUCCGUCCUACCCUCCUCAUCGCUGUAACAGUCGUUUUUAAAAAUCGAUCCGCGACUUAAGUGACUUCCCUUGUAAGUAGUACUGUAAAGUAGGAAUUUUUUGAACUUUUUUCACAAAUUCUCUCGAUUUAUGGGUUUUCGAUAGUGCUGAUUCAGAAAAUCUUAUUCAUUUUUUUCGGAUUUGAAGUCAGCAUUAUCGAAAACCCCUAAAUCGAUGUGAAAAAAAUCAAAAAAUGACUUCUUUACAGUACUAUUUAAGGAAAAAAGUAACGAUCAAAAAAAAUGCAUGUCAUUUUCAAAAUCAGCGCCAUCGGUUAUCCUAAUUUUGACACUUACAGCGAAGAAAAAUGAUACUUUUCAGUUUCCCCAAUCGCCUUUCUCCCCAACUGACGACGUUCCAAAUUUGAGGUUUUAAUUUUUAUGAUUUUCCGUGUUUUAGGAUGAAAAAUUGUUCCACGCCAAAGUGCUGGACAAGAGCAAGCGCCUUCGUGGAUAUCACACCAUAAAAUCGGCGAAUUUGACUUCAAUUUCCGAGCUUACACUAGCCCUCUCGGACCAAUUUGCCUACGAAAAUUACCAAUUAAUGACCGGCACAAUCUCGAGGUCGGACCAGAAAGUCGAGAACCAACUCACCUUCCCCCAACAGCUCAUCCCAAACUCCCUCUACACUUUUGUCCUCGAGGAUUUUGAUAUCUCGUAG